AACGCCAUUGUUGAGCAUGGAAGAAAGUGUCGUGCAAACCCACCGUUAUUCCAUGUGGGCUAUUAGCGAGCUGCAGCGACUGAUAGCACGUUGGCGCAGUUGUUCCAGCGAAAACUCAGAAAAACACUGUCCCUAACCUUCCAAGGUUCUGUCAUCAUUUCAAUAUCGACAGCAGCAACGGAACUUCUUAUCAGGUCGGAAGUAUGAUCCUGGAACGACAGAGGGUCGAACAUACUCUCACACACGCUCCGGCUUUGUCGAUUCCAUAGGCCACGAACCAACCGUGCCAUGUCCGACCGGGCUGGGCCUCGGAGACGUGCUUCCGAGGAUAAAUCGGGGCAGACGCCUGCGACAGGGCGCUCAGAGGGGUCACGUCAAUUGAUUCACCUGGCAUCCAUCCGCCUCAAAGUUGCUAAUGAGGCUCUGCAACGCGAAUGGCUUUCGGCGCAGCAGCAUCUGAUCUGAGACAGCCAGGCGACGUUUGACGCACCAUGGGGCUCCGUCUCUCCAGCGCGUCGGGCCUGCUGGCUCGGCCCCGCGGUGUGCUCCUUACUAUAUGUGUGAUAUUUCUGACGACCAUCUGGCUUUGCUGGCUGCCCAAGAUGUCCCUGUACGUCGGAGGCGCUCCAAACCAGAACCGCCCCCCCACAGCACGGCAGAGCAUCGACCUCUCCCGGGCGGACUCGCCCUUCAUCGGCUGGCCACUGGAAAGGGUGUGCAGGGAACGCACCUCAUGGACACCCGGCAUCGUGUUCGUCUGCGACAACAACUCGGGCGGCAUAGGCAACAUACGCAACUACAUUCUGACGUGCUUCCGCUACGCCAUCGAGGCAGGCGCUGCAGGCAUCGUCCUCCCCCAGAUCAGGACUCGGUCGGAAAAGGAUCUCUCCAAUCUUAUGCUGGGCCAUCGGGGCUUUGACUACUUCUUCGACGAGACGCACUUCCGUCAGAGCUUGCGUGCGGCCUGCCCAGAAUUUACCCUUCACAAUUCGACUGACGACAUCCCCUUCGCCCCCGUUCCCUUCAAGGCGGAGCAGAUCACCCCUCGGGACUUGGGUAAGAGGGGCGGCUGCGACAAAAGAGAGCUGAACAAGCAUACUGGCCGUUUCGACAAGCAGUUCUGGGCACACAUAAACAGCACCGCCGACGAGUUCAAGCUGCCGCCGCCGAGCCUCCAACACCCCCGCAUCAUCCGCUUCAACUGGGGCGUCCAAUGGGACUGGCCCGUAUUCCGCGACGGUCCAGAGUUCGUCGCCACCUACGGUGGGCUGCUCCGGUUCCGGCAGGACAUCCUCGAUCUCGGGCACCGGACGGCGGGCUACAUGCGCCGGUGUGCUGCCCGGCACGGCGGCUCUCGCUAUUUCGCUGGCUUCCACCUCCGAACCGAGAACGAUGCGCUCAGCAGGUGGCCCAAGUUUGAUGAGCAGAGCGGAGCAUAUUUGGAGCGCGCCAGUGCGAUGAGCUUCAAGGCGGCGUACCUCGCCACGGGUAAUAAGACGGAGGCUCGGAAGUUGACGGACGCAGCGUCUGCGCAGCAUGGCAUGGCUGUUUUCACGAAGCAUGAACUACUGAAGGAGCAUCCGGCUGAUCUGCAAGCCUUGGAGUCACUUACCUGGGACCAGCAGGCCCUCAUCGACUUCAUUGUCCUGCUGGAGUGUGAUUACUUCUUCGGCGUCAGCCCCAGUUCCUUCAGCAUGAAUGUUGCUUUGAAGAGACACCUCAGGACCGAUGGGCUCUACACGCGGCCCUGGAGGAUUGGCGGCGAGGGCGAUGGGAGGAGUUGGCUCGUGGGCAAGUAUGAGAGCUAUUGGGAGGACUGGCUCUUCAUGUUUGACUCCUUGUGGCCAUGAUCCAGUCAAUUCUACUUGUUUUCGCUGUUCUCGCUCAUGUUCGCUCUGAGUGUAUCUGGCUAUCGCUCUCCUUCCCCAUCGUCCCCGACGGCAUUCACGACCUAUCGUCCCGGACAAUCGGCGCAAAGAACCUGAAGCGA